UCAUCCAGGAAAACACGAUGGCGAAAUGCUGUGCGAUCCCCGAAUGUCGGAGAAUCGGAGGAAAAGGAGAGAAUUACCACAAGUUUCCUUUACAGGAUAAGGGCCGUCUAAAACAAUGGCUAUCAAACAUGUAUCUGGAGAACUUUGUACCAUCCAAAAAACAGUAUCUUUGCAGCAAACACUUCAAGCCAUCCUGUUUCCAACUGAAAUGGGGGGUCCGUUUACUGAAGCCAGACGCAGUUCCAACCAUGUUUCCAUUUACUGGAGGAGGUUCGAUCAAGAAACACCAACCAAAGGUUAAAACACCACAACUGUCCCCGAAUGCAAAGAAUGAAGUCUGCUUUUUGUCUUUGCCUGGUUCCAACAGUGAGACACUACCUCAGUCAGAUGUGGUGGAAACAGAAUCUCUGUCUUUUGCUUUGGAUCCAAACUUCUCAACAGGACAAGUAUUCAUAGGAGAUGAGUCUCUGGUCAAGGAAAUUGUUAUCCCCAACUCGAUUGAGGGAGGGGUGAAUUUCUUGCCAUUAGUUCAUAUUGUGGAAUCUUUUGAUGGCUUGUCUCUGGCACUGAGACCUCAAACUCAACAACUUUCAUCAUUAACGCUACCAUUUAGCGUGACUGGGAAUCAACAAGUUCAUGAAAUCCCUUUAAACCAACCAAUUUCCUUCAUCACUGAGGAGCACAUUGCAUCAACAUCACUGCAGCAUGAUUUGUAUACAAGUGAUGCAAUGUUACCGCAAGAAGUCCCUACAAUAAUCAAUGUCUCUAAUGAUGGAACCCUUGUAAUUAAAGAUGUGUCUAUAGACCCCUUUUCUGAAAGUGGAUUUCAGACUGUGGUUUCGGAACAGAUGACACCUGAAGAGCUGGUUGCUUAUCUUGAAACCAUGCAAACUGCCACUUCUGUCCCUGUUCUUCAGUCAGGACCUCUUCCACCAUUAAUGCCUUCUCCAGAGACUGUACUAUCCACAUCUAUCACAGCACCCAUAUCCUCUAUUGUACCAAUUGUGUCAAAACAUGCUGCAUUGAUCUCUGAAAAUCUUUCGGAACAAGAAAGCAAUGUCCUUGAGGAGCAAAUCGAGCUUCCAGAAAACUUGACCACACCCGAACUCUUGUCUAUGGCAGCAGAUUUGCAAAAGAAAGUGAGGACACUUCAGCAGAGAAAUCGAAGACAUACUUCCAAGUUGGAGGUUUUAGAAAGUGUAGUGGAAGAACUUAAGAAGGAAAACAUUAUUUCUGAUGAAAAGUUGAAUUUCCUAGAAGUGGCUUGUGUCCAGUCCAACUGUGUGCUACCAGAAACUAGCAACACCUUCACAAUUGUUUGCCAAGAAGACGAGCAGACCUUGAUGUACGCUCUUCCCCUGCAGAUGGAGAAUGAGUCUCAGACACUACUGUUGAGAAGCGAGGAAUAUGACAAAGUGACUUCAGUUUAAUGUGCAUAGCUUAAGUUAUCAUAUGUUAAAAUCGGGCUUCUACUUCAAUAUUGACUUGACCAAAGUCCUUUACCCACCAGUCAUUUCAAGGCUGUGGUUGUAAGAAAGAGUGAUAUUGCCAAAUUAGCUUUAUUUAUGUAGGGUUUGCAAUUUGAUUGUGUUUGUUUUUUGUUUUUUUUUUGCUGGCGUUUUGUUGUCCAACACUGAGGUUUAAACAGAUCUCUAGCGCUUUAUAGCAUUAGAGAUCUGUGUAAUGCAUCAACUGAUCAGACGCUGCCCACAGCUUAUUGUCUUUGAGAUUCUAUGCAAACGUAGAGUUACCACUCUACGCUGUGGCAAUAGUUUGUCUCCAGUACUGUAUCAGAGUGUGUGUGAAUCAGGGAUGCUUCUUUGGUAUACCUUCCGGUAAGCUUUUUACCUGGUCUUCGAAUCGGCAGCAUAAUGAACUGUCUCACAUGUUGCUAGUUCUCUCUAUAUGUGUUUGUAAGGUUUUAACAGAUGCACAUGUUAAAUGUGUGUACAUAUGUUCAACUGGGCUCUCUUACACCAGAAUGCACAUAUAGAGUUCUGAUCUACUUGGGACCCCUUGUAUCUAGGACCGUUUGAGUUAUGCAGCUUAUACUUGAGAUUUUAGAAUGUUUUAUCAUUGUCUUCAUCUCCCUACCUGUAAAAAUCAAAUAUUUUUCCAAUCCUAACACUGGUUAAGAAUAAAAUAUAUUGCUUUCACAAUUAAAUAUUUUGAACGCUAAGUGAAUGUAGAGUUGGCCUCGUAUCUGUCUUGUGACAAAUGGCCAAUUCAGUACAAGCUCGAGUUUUGGUCCUUGGAGAACUAUCUCAAUAUUUUUUUUUUGUUUGUUUUUUUUAUAUAAACGGCCACUCCAGACUGGAACUGACUCAUUUUUAAUGCAUUGUAUAAUUUGUUUAAAAUAGAAGCCAAACUAGUAAUCUAAAAUAAUAAAUAAAUAUAAGAUAAAGUUAAAUCACUUGCGAAACAUUUACUGGAUUUACAUAUACUGCAAGUUAGCAAAUUAACCGUCAAUAUGAUCUUCUACUUUGUUUCAAUGGAACUUUUGACUUUAUCCUAUAAAUGCCUCUACUAUAGAGCUUAAUUGGAACAACAAGAAUUUCUGGAAGUUGUACUUAUUUGCUUUUACUUAAAAAACACAAAACUGUUAAUUGAAUUGCAACUCCCGGAGGGCAAUGCAUAGUUAAAUAACUGCUAAAUAGUUCCCAACACCCAUCGCUCACCAGGCGUCACGUUUCUUCCAUGCCAUGUGUAUGUGUUGUGGUAAGGAGAGAGAUGUGUGCUGCUAGGCUGUCCUGUCUCAGCUGUCACAUUGUUGCCAUGCUCAGUACAGUUUACACCUGGAUAAUAAUAGCAAGGUGUUUAAAAUGUUGCUCUCUGAUCCCUACAUAGAUUUGUGGCCUUCUUCACUCUUCUGAUGACACGCUGCAGGCGUAGUUUUGUAUAUUCUAUUUGUAUUUAGAAAAUAAUAUACAAAAUUAUGAUAAAAACAGGUCAUUAUUUAGGCCGAAAAUAUAAAAUGUCUAAAAGUUGUGCUGGUGAAUGUAGCUCGAAUUUAAGGUCUUUAAUGGACAGUGGCUAACUAAAUAAAUGUCCUUCUGCUUCUCUGUUCUCAGCUAUUGGAUUUUGUUUCUGGAGUUUAUUAAAGGGAACCUGUCAUGUAUUUUUAAAGGGCUGAAAAUUCCAUCGUUUGUGGGGGUUUUUUUUGUUGCCACCUGAAACUCAAUGCUGAGGAAUUAAAAGCAGAGGAGCCCUCCACCCAUGUAACUCCCGAGCCGUUGCUGAAAGCAUCAUGGCGGAAUUUUGCCGUGCUUGGGGAAGUGCUCCUUAGCAGGAUAAAUUAGCAAAGCGUGGAGGAGGAGCACGGCCAUACAGAGGUAUAAUACCCACCUCUUUAAUUCGAUUGCAGUGGAAGAGCGGUGAGAGUUUCCCUUUUAGAGAUGACGGGCUCCCAUUCAGAUUCGCCGCCUAAUUUCUAUAAACCAUUGGGUUCCUGGAUACUAUUAAUAAUUUAUCCUCCGUUUCUUCCAAUUAAAUGUUUGUGACAUUUUUAAACUUUGGAAAUGUGAAUUCUGUAUUUUUUUUAUUUUUCUAUUUUCGGUCACAAUAUCUGAAUUGGAAAGUCACCUAUGACCUAAAAUUUGAAAACUACUUUAGAUUCAUAUACCAUUUCUACUUCAGUGCAUAACCUUCAAAAAACAUUCAGUUGUCUGUAUUUCUGACAAAAUAAAACCCUCCUAAUAUAUCUCCAUAUUUAUAAAAGAUUUGGUUUACUCUAUCUUACAAUAUAACUUUCACAUUCAGGAAGAAAACCUCUUUAAACCAACACAACUGCAGCAUGAGCAUUUAUUAUCCAAUCUAGAUUGUAUUCUUGUUAAAAUACAUAUGCUUUGAAUACAGGGAAAUUUUCCACGUCAUUAUCUGAAACGACUAAAGGUUCCUAAGGCUCAACACCGGCUCGUUUCAAGAAGAAACGGCCUCUAUGUAAUAACCCACUAUGCUAACUGAAACACCGGCCCUUUAAAUCGUAUUGGCCCUGCGCAGUGAGCCAGUGUUGUGUCCUUGGCUCAGUCAGGGAUAACUAUGAUAUUGAAACGUGGUCCAUAGAGUGACCAUUGUUUGUUCUCUAUCUUAUAAAUGUGAAGUAGCCACUUGUGUAAAAUGAAAAUUACAUAUUAAAACCAUUGAAUUUGACAGUUGUUCUGGAGGCCUUGCAUCUGAAUUGGCCACAUUUUCCAGGUGUAGACUUGAAAAGGUUUGUGUGUUUUGGGUUUUUUUUUUUUUUGUAGUUGGGGAAACAAUUGCCAUUGAGUAUUUCCCCCCCUUUUUAAUUAUUUACAAAGUUUUUUUUGGUCUUUUUUUUCUGACUGUUGAC